UGCUGCUAGUUCUCAUUAUCGGGCAACGAUCGCAAGUACAAAAGGCCUCAGGAGAGGUUCGGACGACCAACCAACGCUGAAGAGUCUGACUCAAGUUGAAGACUCAGAUUGCUCCGUGUGCUGAGACAAUCUGAGGGUUUUCUACGAGGGCCUUCGCUUCCACCGGAGCUGCUGCUGAAGUGUCGCGCACGGAUCUCGCGAAUCCGUUCACCGAAACACCACCGCAGUCUCGGCACGCGCAGCUAAUCUAUCCCUCUAUCGAGACCCCGGCGAGGGACCCUUCAAUAUUUUCACCUCGAGAGCUCCUUGCCGGAGUCCGGAGCCAGAUCUGAGUUUUUUGGCUUCCAAGUUGGUCCCACCUCGAAGAGGAGAUCAAGAGAGAUCGACGGAGGGGAGUGCAAAGAGACGGCCAGGAGAUCAAGCGAGAUCAAUGGAGGAGAGUGCAAAGAGAUGGCGCAUGUGUGAAAAUGAUGGAACAGCACGAGGCGCUUCUUCUACUCACGCUUCAACAGAAGGUCAAGAAGUGGCUUCUUCGUUGGGAUACGACUAUGAAGUAUUCUUGAGUUUUAGGGGACCAGACACUCAAGAAGGUUUUACCGACCAUCUUUACACUAGAAUGAUAGAUAUGGGAAUCCGCGCAUACAAGGAUGAUGAAGAUCUCCGAAAGGGAGAAGAGUUUGGCCCAGAACUUCUCCAAGCAAUUGAGCAAUCAAAGAUCUCAAUGCCUAUCUUUUCGAAAGGUUACGCCUCCAGCAUAUGGUGUCUCAAAGAGUUAGUCAAGAUGGUCGAGUGCCAGAAAACAAAGGGACAAAAGAUUGUGCCCAUUUUCUAUGAUGUGGCACCGUCAGAGGUUCGGCACCUAACCGGGGGUUAUGGAGAGGCCUUUCGUUCACAUGAAAAAAAGAAGCGACAUGAUGAAAAGAUUGUGCAAGAGUGGAAAGAUGCUCUCACUGUAGUCGGGCAAAUAAACGGAUGGGACCUGCAAAGCAUGCCCAACAGGUGACUUAUUUUAGCAUUCCAUCUCAUAUGCCUUGGAUCAUUAAAACUUGUUGCAUUUCAUAUGGUUUCUUUUCUGGAUUUGUGUUAGCCUUGUUGAAAUUGAAUUCCGUGUUAUUGAAGUUAUACUACAGAAAUCAAAUUUUUUCCAUUUUAUUCCAAGCAACAUUUUUUCCAAUUCACUUCAUUUAAGUACCAACGCUAAUUCAUCUACAAUGGAAUAAAUCCUUGAAGGAACACAUUUUGAAUUCAAUUUGGUCUUCUCAGAAUUAGUUUAAUGUUUACACAAUUUUCUAACUCAUUGUCUUUUGCCUCCAACUAACUCUAGGAGAGAAGGUGAUUUCGCAAGAAAAGUUACCCAAAAGGUUUUCAGUGAGUUGAAAAAGGCUUAUUUGGUGGUAUCAGAGUGCUUGGUCAGUGUCGACAAUCACGUUGAUGCAAUCAUGGAAAUGAUAGCUACUGGGACAAGUGAAACACGAAUUAUAGGAAUCCACGGGAUGGGUGGUAUCGGAAAGACAACUACUGCCAAAAUGAUCUACAAUAAGCUUUCACACGACUUUGAGAAUUGUUGCUUUCUUCAUGAUAUUCGAGAAAUGUCAAAAGGUGAUGGCAUUCAAUGCUUACAAAAUCAGCUCAUCUCUGUCAUCCUCAAAACAAAAUGCAUGGAUAUAAAACACAUUGAUGAAGGAACUCAGAUGAUUAAAGACAGGUUGUUUAAUAAAAGAGUCCUCCUUCUUCUCGAUGAUGCAGAAGAAGCGAAUCAUAUUAAUGCACUUGUAGGUAAGCGAGAUUGGUUGGGCAGAGGGAGCAAAAUUAUUAUUACUACAAGAAACAAAGAUAUUCUUGAGGUUCCUGAAGUGGACUGUAGUUAUGAGCUUAGCGGCAUGGAUCCUCAUCAAUCUCUUCAACUAUUCAGCAAACAUGCCUUCAGAAAAGAUUAUCCUUUGGAUGAGUAUAUCGGCCAAUCCAAGAGGGCAAUAGGCAUUGCUAGAGGUCUUCCACUAGCUCUUGAGGUCAUAGGCUCACUUUUAUGUCCCACUAAAAAGGAAAAGUGGGAUCUCAUGUUGGAGAAGUUGGAAAGUGUUCCUCAUGAGACAAUCCGGAGUAAGUUGAAAAUAAGCUAUGAUGCAUUAGAUAUUCGACAACAGCAUAUAUUCCUCGAUAUAGCUUGUCUUUUCAUUGGAUGUGACAAAGUUAUUAUGGUUCAUUUCUGGGAUGAAUCUAAAUUUCCGGAAGAAGCCAUAGAAGUUCUACAAAACAUGUCUUUGAUAAAAAUUGAAGAGUACAAUAAAGUGUGGAUGCAUGACCAACUCAGAGACCUCGGAAGAGAAAUAGUUCGUCAAGAAAGUAAAAUGAAAAUAGAGAAGCAAAGUAGGGUGUGGGAUCCCAAAGAAGCAUUGGAUUUGCUAAGGAGACCUGAGGGAAAAAAAGAAGUUGAAGCUCUUCGUCUCAAGUUUCACCAUGAGGGGCAGUUCCAUUUUACCUAUGAGACCUUUAAGAGCCUUCCAGAUUUAAGGUUUCUUCAAAUUAGCAGUUGGGAGGAAUAUUAUGAUGCAAAAGAGAGGCUUAUUUGGCAUGAAUCGCUAUUGAAUGUUCUUCCAACUAAUGUUUCCCUGGAGAAUUCAAAUCUCCUUCCACAAUUACGAUGGUUUUCUUGGCAUGAUAUUCCCCCAACAUUUAAAAUUACAAAUUUCUCUAUGGAGGAUGUGGUUAUUCUUGAUCUGUCUAACAGUAAAAUUACGCAAGAUUGGCAAGGGUGGAGCCACAUGAAGGUGAUGAAGAAUUUGAAAGUUCUGGAUCUGUGCGAUUGUCAUAGCUUGGAGAGAACUCCUAACUUCUCUCGCUCAUUCAAAUUUAGAACGCUUGAUCCUAAGUCAAUGUUACAAUUUAGUCGAAAUUGACAAGUCAAUUUGUCAAUUGAAACGCUUAGUUUCCUUAAGAGUAGAUGGAUGUUUCAAACUUCGAAGGCUACCAAAAGUGGUGGGUAGAGAUCUUGCAAGCCUUGAAUACACAUCUCUGCAACAUUGCAAAUCGUCGAAGAGGCUUUUGAAUACAAUUGGAAAUUUGGAAUCACUGAUUGAGUUGAAUAUAUCCUGUACGGAGAUCAAAGAACUACCCCAUUCUAUCAGAAAGUGGAAAAAUUUGAAAGUACUACAUAUGAAUGGUAGUGCCAUAAGCAAAAUACCCACCACGGUCUGGAUGAUUGAGAACCUUGCAGAAAUAGAAUUUCAAGGUAAGCAUUAUUUCCGUGUGGAAAUUGGCGAUUGCAUCUACAAAAAUCGAUGCCCGAGGAUCUUGAAAGUGACGUUUGCUAGAAUAUACAAAGUACCGAAGCUUCCUGAAAGUCUCAUCAGUCUACAUUUGCAUAUAUUGUGCAUAGAUAUGUUUCCAGAUCUCUCAAACCUCGUUAAUUUAAAGGAAUUGUGGCUGGAGUUUGGCCCACGCAAUGAUGGUGGGGAAUCUGAUGGGCCUGUGGAAGCAUAUCCAAUGCCACGGUGGAUUGAGAAUUUAAGCAAACUGGAGCUUC